ACGUAGGUAAACGUAAUCGCACACAGCCGACCAGCCCAGGAUGACAGACUUGUGUUCUUGUCGAGGCGAAAUCUGUCCAGCACACUCGGAAUGACAUUAAAAGGAAAAACGCUAGCGUAAGCUAGGUAAACUGUCGUUAGGAGAGGGCAUUUUAACAUAGUUUGUUAACUGGCUAAUCGGUUGUGAGAAGCAACCGAUUAUUAAUGUGGCGUUAAUUUGAAGAAAGAACAGACGACAUAGUUUAGGGUUGUGUUGACACAACCAGCUGCCGAUACAUUAACGUUAGCUGCCUCGCUAAUGUUAACUCUGACUCGAGCAUUAACGUCAACGUUAGCUUAGCUAGCGAUUACUCUUGGCUCUCCAAAGUUAUCUCCUUGAUUUGGGUUGGCCUCUCGGUAAGCAUAGCGUUAGCAAAGAGUUUCAAAGUUAGCGGUAGUGAACUUAUUAACUUGCAGUUUAAGUGAUGUGGAAUAACCAUGGCAUCGAUGCAGUUUGAUGCAACAUCAAUGUCGCCAGAGAAAGAGUUUUGAUAUCUAGUUGUCAACAAGCUCGCUGACUUUAGCAAGGCUAGCCAGCUAACUAGCUAGCUAAUAUGGCCAAAAUAGAGAACGGCCGUAAGUCAGUCGACACACGGAGUAUCAGGACUAUUAGCAGCAGUCAUAUUGACGAUGAGAGCUCCCUGGGAUCCGACUCUGAAAUCAACGGCUUCACCAGCGACAGACAAACAGAUAAAUAUGGAUUCAUCGGCGGGGCUCAGCAGUAUUCAGAGGAAUCGGCUCAGGAUGUGCCCACAGAGGUGCUGCGGCAGAGGGAGGUGAAGUGGCUGGACAUGCUCAGUCACUGGGACAAGUGGAUGGUCAAGAGACACAACAAGGUGAGGCUGCGGUGCCAGAAAGGGAUUCCUCCUGCCCUCCGAGGCCGAGCAUGGCUCUACCUGUCAGGCGGGAAGGUGAAGAGAGAGCAGAACCAAGGAAAGUUUCAGGAGCUGGAUAGUCAGGCAGGGGACCCCAAAUGGCUCGACGUGAUAGAGAAGGAUCUCCAUCGACAGUUUCCUUUCCACGAGAUGUUUGUGUCUCGGGGAGGACAUGGGCAGCAGGACUUGUUCCGUGUUCUCAAGGCCUACACUCUGUACAGACCAGAGGAGGGAUACUGCCAGGCUCAGGCCCCCAUCGCUGCUGUGCUGCUCAUGCACAUGCCUGCAGAGGAUGCCUUCUGGGGGCUGGUCCAAAUCUGUGAGAAGUAUCUUCCUGGAUACUAUAGUCCUGGCCUGGAGGCUAUACAGCUCGACGGAGAGAUCUUGUUUGCCCUGCUGCGGCGCGUCUCCCCUAUAGCCUACCGUCACCUGGAGAAGCACAAGAUCGACCCCAUCCUCUACAUGACUGAAUGGUUCAUGUGUGCCUUCUCUAGAACGCUGCCCUGGGCCUCUGUGCUGCGUGUCUGGGACAUGUUCCUCUGUGACGGAGUGAAGAUAAUCUUCCGCGUGGGUUUGGUGUUGCUAAAGAGCAUGUUGGGAACCCGGGAGAAGCUGAAGGCCUGCCAGGGCCUGUAUGAAACUAUGGAGCUUCUCAGGGCCAUAGACGCUCGAUACAUGCAAGAGGGCUUCCUGGUCCGAGAGAUCCUGGAGCUGCCGGUGACGGCCCGAGAGGUGGAGAGGGAGCAUCACAGCCAGGUGAAGCGCUGGAAAAAGAUCCGCGGUGAGCUGAAUUUUAAAUCUCCUCCCAGAAUGCAUGGUGCGCGGUUCAUCAUGUUAGCCGAGCCGCCCAGGCGCCAGGACUUGCAGCAAAACCCCACUAUCGUCGUUGAGGCAUCUCAGCCCACCCCGCAGCUGAAGAAGAGCAAGGAGGAGAAGAGCAAGAAAAAGAAGAGCGUGAAGAAAAAACAGCCCAUAGAGGAGAUCCCCAAUCCUUACCCCCUUCUUAGUGAUCCUCCUCCUCCGCCUAAGGAGCCGCCGGCCCCGCCUCCAGUCAGCAGCGAGAUGCCACAGAUCCCUCAACAGACUUUGAUAGACUCGCCUCAGCAGGAGCAUCCGCCCCCAACAGACCUUUCUCUUGCCAAAGAAUCUCCCCUGCAGCAAUCCACACAGAGCCUCAGCAGCACGGAGCAGGACACGUACCUGUAGCUCCCUCUAGGGUCCAGCAGCGGCGGAGCACCAGCAUAACUCAGCCAGCAACCAGCCAAUCAUGCCAGGGCAUCUCCUGGCCAGCAUCACCAUUCAGUCCUCAGCCGGGGUCCGACUGUGUUUUCUUCAGCAUACCGUUGUAGACACCAUUUUGCCUAGGACACUUUUGGUAUACACUAAGGUGUCUUUGCCAUGUGUGAAACAACUUCAAUGCCUACACCAUUUCUUCAUCUGAUGUUGAUGUUACCUCUACUUGAGUCUUUAUUCAGACCAUGUGUCUUAGUAUUCUUUGUGCAAGGGAGACAUGUUACUGACUUAUUGGGAGUAAAGUAAUUUGUUUAUCAGAUGUCUUGGGAGCAGUUUGGUUUAGAGUUUCAAGGGGAACUUGAGGAACAGUAAAGAGCCACAGUUUGUAUUCUUCUAUACAUUUCCACUCAAAUACAGCACUGUUGAAUUCAUUCAGAUAAUACAGCAUUGCAGUGAAUGUAAACUCCUGAUACAAAUUCUGUGGCUUGUAGCUUUUUUAAAUUUUUUAUUCAAACACUGUUCAAGUUCCCCAGUCAUCUGCUUUCACAUGGCUCAAAGAAACCUUUUUCAUUCACUAGAGGGCAGCCUUGCAGCUUCCAGCUGUGAUUCCUGUUACAUUUCCUGUUUGAAAAGCCACUCACAGUAGAGUGGGAAUCCUUUCCAUUAAAUCUCCAGUCCAGUUGGGACUUCAUCUUAUGAGGUCAUGCCAAUCAUUUUCCAAUAAAGGAACAUUGUAUUGUCAUUUUCUGUUUUCUUACAAGUCAAUGGAAAAUGUGCUUCCUAAUUUGAUGUAACUGAAAUGUAAUUAACCUAAGCUCUGUAACUUAAAGUGCUGUUUUGACUGAUACAACAUUGUUUCCUGGUCAGUUCUUGAUCCUGAUUUUCAAAAAGCAUUUUUGUUUUCAGCACAGUAUAAAACAUGACACCUGUUAUGAUUGUGUGUGCCUUGCAAGUUUUGUGCACAAGUGGUCAAAAUGCCACAGCAUGUGGGACUGUGUGUUUUCAGUUGAUGUGGCCUAAGUCCUUAUGAAGUCCAAUGCUCACAGAGCCAGGCACUUCCAGCCUCUUCAGAGCAGCAGUAACUCAUGUUACUUUGGCAGCAGAAAGGAGAACACUGGACAUUCCUCACUGUAUGACACAUUCCUGCCCUCUUAAUAGCUAAUCUGUCUAAAAACUGUCUUUUUGCCAAAUGCAAAUCUGUCUUAUGUAUGUAUUGUGCAUGUAAUUCUUUUGACAUCUUGGAAACUGUGUGAAUGCCAGCGGAUCAUCUAAUGGUGCUGACCUUAUUCCUGGUAUUGCUCAAACAGGUGCUUGAAGUGUAUUGGGUCUUUGAUUAAUUCUUUUUUUUUUUUUUGUGCUAGAAUUUCCAAAGCAAGUUCAUUCUGGGAUGAUUGACAGCCGCUGCCUGUGACCAUGCACUCUUUAACACCAAGAGGGAUUUAGUUAUUUGAUGAAGCUUUUUGGGAUAUCUGUAACAUUUCUGUUUUGACACUUUGGUUCGUUCUUCUGGGAAAUAGGACAGGGUUUCUGCAGUUCCUUAAAGUCCAGAAAUCUUAAUUUUAGGCCCUAUUUAGAUAGGUUUUAAAAAUUGAUUGGAUUAUAAAGUUAAUAUCACUUGUAUAAAGUUGCCUUAACUUAAGUCUUACCUUUAAAUGUGGGGGGAAAACUCCUGUUGAUCACGCUGUAACAAAACCAAUAACCACUGAGGCGUUCUGUGCAGCUGUGUGCAGUCAUGUUCAGUUCAGUGUUCCUGUUGAAUAUGAGGAAAUUCAUUUACUUUGCAAGUGUUUUCUGGGACUUUCUAGUAUGUGUUUAAAAAAGAUCAUAAAAUUCAGUCAGAAUGGUCUUAAAUGUCUUAAUUUAGCUUGUUGAAACCUGCAGAAACCUUGAAGGGAAACAUGCUGGGAUUGUGAGGCUUCUUUUUUUUGUCAUUUUGACCACAGUCUGUUUUUGUGUCUAAUGGACACUGAGCUCCUUGGAGGCAGAAGCUUGUGAGUCUGUUUUAUAGCUUGUUGAGACAAUGAUAAAUUAACUGGGAGCGAUUUUUUUUCUUUGUUUGACAUACGUAAACACGCAAGUAUUAUACAAAAUGUGUUUGUGUACACUCUUCCACUAAAAGCCUUUGCUACAGAAUGCAUGUACAGGUUAGUCAUUAUAAAAAGCAAUAAGGUUUCAAAGGAUAACACAUUUCCAGUGCUCUAUAUUCCUCGCCUGUAUGCAAUAGUUUUUUAGUCGCUUGUAUUACACACCUCACAUUUUGCUGAUGUUCUAUUUUAAUUUAAUGCUCAUUGUGUAGAUAUGACAUGUAAAAUAACAAAUUGUUUUUGUAUUGAAAUGUAUUUUUCAAGUCACAAUGCCAUAUUUUAUUCAGCAGUUAAAUGAACUGCAGAGGGAGUAUCAAAGGAAUUUGAAUUUUAGGGCAAUAUAAUAUGGAUGGACAAUUGUAACACUAAAAAAAUGUUCCUUGGGAAUAUGGGGAUUAUUGAUAGUAACUUUUAAAGCAUUUCAGAUGUUUUUUUUUAUUAUUAUCUCUGGGGACAGAUUGGUUUUCCUUUGCCAUUCACAGGUAACACAUUAAGUUUUAACCAAGACUCAUGUGACAAGAGAGGGCAUCACGCCUAAUUAUCAGUUUGACUUCUACAAAUAAAAUUUUGAUCAAAACCAA